UUCAAACCGGAUAUCCGGUGGUUGUUGUGCUAACUGCAGCUAGCUUGCGGCUAAACAGACGUUCCAUCCUGGGAGUAUUUGGAGCCGUUUAGUUACUUAGUGGCAAAAGUCCACAGCUGGUCUGUUCGCCGGGUUAGGACACGUCACUUCAGACAUGACUAAGCACGAGUUUGAGGUGGCCAUGACGUGUGAGGGAUGCUCAGGAGCUAUUACCAGGAUCCUGAACAAGAUGGGAGAUGUGAAGUUUGAAAUUGACCUGCCGAAGAAGCUGGUUUGGAUCGAGUCUGACAAAGACGUGGAUGUUCUGAUGACGGCGCUGCAAAAGUCCGGAAAGGAGGUCAAAUACAACGGCACUAAGUGAAGGACCUGCACCAGGAAAUGAUUCUUGCUGCUGCAAACUGAAGAUUUAAGAUGUUUAAGAUGAAAUUCAAGUUAAAGUUACAAGUCUGAGAGACCCUCAGUGAGUCUGCACCCCCUCCCGUCCAGCUGUCACGCACAAACAACCGCCCCCCCACUUGAUGCAGACAGGUGUGCCUCCUUUGACCUCCUGAGUUAAAACGUCGUCCUCACACAAACCUGCCAAGCAUAAUAAUCUCCAAAUCUUUACCUUCAGGCUGUAAAUGAAAAAAGGAAAAAGCAGCAUCUUAGAUUUAGUUUCAGCUAUGUGAUGAUGAUGAGUCCAUUUCUUGGGGUGUAAAUGAUGAAACCUCUUGGCUGUGUUUGCUGAACCUGUUUUAUUAAAUUUGUUGGAUUUUAUUCAUAAAAAGACUAUUUGAAGCUUGCUGUGUGAGGAUAUUUAGAGCUCUGCACCAUGUGGGGGUGAGGGUGGGACCACCUGCUGCACCUCCCCUCUGCUCCUAGACACUACAGUCUAUUCUCUGCUGUUGAUUUUUUGGAAUUUAAGGAGCUCUCCUUCUCGCCCUCUGUCUCCAUAAUGCUCGAAUGUCUCAAUGCUGGAGAAAAUAAAUCAGUUCUGUCUUCAGUACGUCA